AUGUUGUUGUUGCUUAUAUCAUUGGACUCCGUGCGAGAGUUGGUCCUCGAAAAAGGUUCAAAAGAUUGCCAGACUUUUCCAAAUGCUGGAUCACAUUCAGUUCAGACACACCAUAUUCUAUACACGUUAUACUCCGCAUCUAAAAACGAUGGCCAAUAUGAAAAUUUUCAUAUCCAGGCGCUGAAAAAACAAACAUUCAGAAAAAACAUAAACAACCCAAGUGAAGAGAUAAAUUCUCAUAGCUGUACCAACUAUGAGCAUGUACACCAUAGCAAUUUAGCACGGCCCAAAUCAGACAGUGGAUAUGAGUUGUUGGAGAUCAGAAAUUCAGCUGAAUGUGUACAACGGUUGAAUACGGCGAACAACGUCCAAUCGACCUCUCGUGAAUUAAUCAAUUUUUCUAAUCAGGCUAUUGCUGCAAUAUGUAUGUAG